CUGCAUUAAUUGAAUGGUAUUUUGCUAUUUGUGUCAAACUAUCGCUACAUUUAAAUGCUUUCACUGAAAAGUUUUGCCUUUAAAUCACACAUCAAUUGCCGAAAUGUAUUGACUCUUAACCGACGUCUCAAUGAAUUCAAAGACAAACAGAGGGUUGGAGUGAAAAGCAGUGAUGAAUCGGUCGGCGCGAUGGGAAAGGGACGGCAAUCGCCUCAACAGUAUUGCAUGGAUUGCGUUAAAAAAUACGAUUUCGAGGGAUAUUUGAGUGCAAUUGUGGUGAAGGAGGCGACCGUCCGGCGCAACGUCUUCGCCAUCAAAGCGUUCAAUACAAUGAUAUCACAGACACGAGACAUGACAUCUCAGGCACUGAUGGCGCAGAUGAGACUCCAAUACUGGUCUGAUUUGAUCGAUAAGAUCUUCGCCGACGACACGGAGCCCGGCGUUGAGGCCAACGAACCGAUCGCUUACGAACUCAAACAUUGCGGAACCGAUUCAAAGGCCACGAAGUAUUGGUUCAAGAAAUUGAUUGAAACGCGAAUGGAUUCAAGAAGUUUAAGUCACUUUCCGUUUCAGACAUUAGUAGAUCUCGAGAAAUAUAGCGAGUCUUCGGUGACUCCCGUCUAUUAUCUGAUAGUCGAGUGUUUGGCACGACUUCACGACGUGUCCGCCGCUCAGCGCAUAGACUUGGAUCACAUGUCCAGCCAUUUGGGUCGCGCGCAGGGCUUCUGCAACGUCUUGAGAGGUGUCGCACAUAAUGCCAGAUAUAAUCGCUGUUAUAUCCCAUCGGAUCUACUCAUCAAACAUAACACAUCACACGAGGACCUCAUGAGAGGUAAUGCAACGGAUAAUGUGAUUGAGUUAUGCUAUGAUUUGGCGACUAUUACUCACCAACACAUCGAAACCGCGUUAAAACUAAUGGAAAAACUCGAUAAACAAAAUCGAGUCGUUUUUGAAUGGAUUCCUGCCAAUCAUGUUGUGGUAUAA